CUGCUGCUGCUCUCCUCCUCUCUCUUUCCCUGCCUUCCUUCCUUCCUUCCUUCCCUCCCUUUUCCCCGCCAUGCCGGACCAGAUCUCCGUGUCGGAAUUCGUGUCCGAGACCAAUGAGGAUUACAAGUCGCCCACCGCUUCCAACUUCACCACCCGGAUGGUGCAGUGCCGGAACACCGUGGCCGCCAUCGAGGAGGCACUGGAUGUUGACCGAACUGUUCUUUAUAAAAUGAAGAAAUCCGUAAAAGCCAUAAAUAUUUCUGGGCUUGCUCAUGUGGAAAAUGAAGAACAGUACACUCAAGCACUGGAGAAAUUUGGAGGAAACUGCGUCUGCAGGGAUGAUCCAGAUUUAGGAACAGCAUUUCUAAAAUUUGCAGUAUUUACAAAGGAGUUGACAGCGCUCUUCAAAAACUUGAUCCAGAACAUGAACAACAUCAUCACUUUUCCACUGGACAGUUUGCUGAAAGGAGAUCUAAAAGGAGUGAAAGGGGAUCUGAAGAAACCUUUUGAUAAAGCGUGGAAAGACUAUGAAACAAAAGUGACAAAAAUAGAGAAAGAGAAAAAGGAGCAUGCUAAAUUACACGGAAUGAUACGUACAGAAAUAAGUGGGGCUGAAAUAGCAGAAGAGAUGGAGAAAGAGAGGAGGUUCUUCCAAUUACAAAUGUGUGAGUAUCUGCUGAAAGUCAAUGAGAUCAAGAUUAAAAAAGGAGUUGACUUGCUUCAAAACCUGAUCAAGUAUUUCCACGCACAGUGCAACUUCUUUCAGGAUGGCCUGAAAGCAGUUGAAAGUUUAAAACCAUCGAUAGAGAAGCUCUCCACAGAUCUUCACACAGAUUCUCAGCUCCGUCAGAGUACGACUUAUAGUUUACAUCAACCUCAGGGAAAUAAGGAACACGGCACUGAAAGAGAUGGCAGCCUCUAUAAGAAGAGCGAUGGAAUCAGAAAAGUGUGGCAGAAGAGGAAGUGCACGGUUAAAAAUGGUUUCCUUACAAUUUCCCAUGGUACAGCAAACCGGCCUCCUGCAAAGCUCAAUCUGUUAACUUGCCAAGUGAAAACAAACCCAGAAGAGAAAAAAUGUUUUGACCUCAUAUCACAUGACCGAACGUAUCAUUUCCAAGCAGAGGAUGAACAGGACUGUCAAAUCUGGAUAUCGGUGCUACAGAACAGUAAAGAAGAAGCUUUAAAUAAUGCAUUCAAAGGCGAUGACAACACAGGAGAAAACAACAUUGUCCAAGAACUGACAAAGGAAAUCAUCUCUGAUGUACAGAGGAUGCCUGGAAAUGACACGUGCUGUGACUGUGGGGCACAAGAUCCUACAUGGCUCUCAACAAACCUGGGCAUUUUAACUUGCAUUGAGUGUUCAGGAAUCCACCGGGAACUUGGCGUCCACUAUUCCAGAAUGCAGUCGCUCACGUUAGAUGUGCUGGGAACAUCCGAGUUGCUGCUUGCCAAAAAUAUUGGGAAUGCGGGAUUUAAUGAAAUUAUGGAAUUUUGUUUGCCGGGAGAUGAAAUGGUCAAACCCAACCCAAGCAGUGAUAUGAAUCAAAUUGAAAACGUCAACCUCCACAUGUGUACAGAUCACAUUCUCACACAGAUGAAUGCAAGAAAAGAUUAUAUUAAUGCCAAAUAUAUUGAAAGAAAAUAUGCAAGGAAGAAACACUCAGACAAUGCGGCUAAACUGCAGAGCCUCUGCGAAGCGGUCAGAACCAGAGACAUUUUUGGAUUGGUUCAAGUGUAUGCUGAGAAUGUGGAUCUCACAGAGAAAAUUCCACUCGCAAAUGGGCAUGAACAAGACGAAACUGCCCUUCAUCUCGCUGUGAGAUCUGUUGAUCGGACCUCACUCCACAUAGUUGACUUCUUGGUGCAGAACAGUGGCAACCUGGACAAGCAGACAUGCAAAGGUAGCACUGCUCUUCAUUAUUGUUGCUUGACAGAUAACGUUGAGUGCCUCAAACUGCUCCUGAGAGGGAAGGCUUCCAUCGAAAUAGCCAAUGAAGCUGGAGAGACGCCACUCGAUAUAGCUAAACGCUUAAAACACACGCGCUGUGAAGAGCUGCUCACCCAAGCUCUGGCUGGAAGACUUAAUUCUCAUGUUCAUGUAGAAUACGAGUGGCGAUUACUUCAUGAAGACCUGGAUGAAAGUGAUGAUGAUGUGGAUGGAAAUUUACAGCAACCAAGCCCUAACCGAAGAGAGGACAGGCCUGUGAGUUUCUAUCAGCUAGGAUCGAGCCAGAUUCAGCCUAACGUGGCAUCUUUGGCUAGAGAUGCUGCCAAUAUAGCCAAGGACAAGCAAAGAGGCUUCAUGCCGAGCCUCUUGCAGAACGAGACCUAUGGAGCCAUACUCAGUAGCAGCCCACCUCCUACGCAGCCAGCAGCGCCAGUCACAAGUGCACCUCCUUUGCCUCCCAGGAAUAUUGGGAAAGUUCAGUCUUCAUUUCUUGGCAGUGCUGUUCAGACAACUCCUUCAUCGAACACACUGUGGAAGACAAAUUCUUUAGGAAUGGAAAGCAUAAGCAGGCAAAGGUCUUCAUCCGAUCCACCAACUGUCCAUCCCCCUGUUCCGCCAUUGCGUGUAACAUCUACAAAUAUACUCUCUUCAGCACCACCUCCUGUUGCAAAGACAGCCAGUGUUCUCGAAGCUUUGAGCCAGCAGUCAAAACAGCCAGUGGUGCCACAGUCCAAGCCUACGCCACCACCACUUCCUCCCCAGCCUCCAAGUAGAAUUUCUCAGAAAAAGCCUGCUUCUGGGGCUGACAGGUCGGCCAAGAGUAAAGGACCUGGAUCUCUGCAGCAAUCUUCUGGAGAGUCUUCAUCUUCGUCUGCAUCUGAGAUUUCUGGAUCCCAAGUUGUCCCUUCUGCAAACAUGUCGGCACCAGUCCAACCUCCAGCUCCAAUGCCAAGGAAGUCUCAAAUAUCAAAAACAAAGCCCAAGAGAGUAAAAGCCAUUUAUAACUGCGUAGCUGAUAAUCCAGACGAGCUUACAUUUUCAGAGGGCGAUAUCAUCAUAGUUGAUGGUGAGGAAGAUCAGGAGUGGUGGAUUGGGCAUAUUGAUGGAGAUCCUAACCACAAAGGAGCUUUCCCUGUAUCAUUUGUGCACUUUAUUGUUGAUUAAACUGCUCGUUUGCAGGUGGAGAGAGUUUGCAUUUCCAGGUAUCACUGGAGCUCUCUGCCUGGAAUUAGAUGCUUCACCAGGAUACUUCAUGAAUGAUACAUCACUGUGGACUCUUUGUUGUGGCAAUUCAUACAACGGAACUUAAGGUUUUUGAAUCGCCCAAGGAAGAUUUUCUUUGUAGUAGGCAGAUCCACUUGAACUAUUUUCAUUGUGAAUUCUGGAAGACCAUAAAAAAAACCAUUAAUGCAACAGAAAAAAAUAUGUGAAACUGAUUUCAAAUCUCCCUUUUAGACUUUCUCACUAACCUAUGCACCAGAGUUUCUCUCUUCAGCAAAUAAGGUGCACACCACAGGGUUCACAAUUUUAAAAGUGGGCAGAUUAGCAGAGAGAUGAAUGGCCUGACUGCACUAAUAUAUUACAUUUCAGUACCAAUUUCAGGUGCCUCUGAUGCAUAUCUGGUAUUUGUUUGCACUCAGUGUCUUUGAGACCUGUCUCAGGACAAUGUAGCUGCAGUGAAAACUCAGUUUUAAGAGUGGUGCUUACUUCCACUUUUUACUCAGUACACUACAAAAACACGAGGCUAGAAAAUCUACCCAUCACUGAUUCCUCGUCCACAUCCAUUGAUUGGCUAAGUUGAAGAGCUUGGCGGACUUGAGGGUGGAGUACUUGACUACAUUGCAAAAGUACAAAGAAGUCCUAAAAGAGCACUAAGUAGUAACAAAGGGCAGUACACAGAGGUUUUCAGACUGCUUGUCUCUGAUGCUUGGUGGCUUAUGUUUUCAGGCAAGACAUAAGCAUCAUCCACAAAGGACUGGGCUCUUUCUUCCAGCACAAUAAUUCUACUGAAGCCUCAUUGAUUUUGAUUGCAUUGGGAUUUGCUGUAGGCACUCCAUGUGAGUGAUAAUUAUAUACCUGCCAACAACCCUUAGCUGGGCAGAAUGCUUAAAAAGGUUUUGCAAAGCUUGAGUCCAACCAGGGACCAAAAUCUGUUGCCCGAGCAACAAUUAAAGUGAUUCAGAUCUAAAAACCAAACCCUAGCAAAUAUUUCUCAAUGAAUAAGCCCCAGUGCAUUUUCCUACUACAGCACUAAUGGGGCCCAAACACCUAAUGUAGGUGCUAAUAGGCUCUAAUAUCCUGUCCCAUAGACGAAGGGGUGGGGAAGAGUCAUCAAUUUAUGCAGCCAGGAAAGAAGAGUAUGCUUGUGAGUCCCCUGCCUACUUCUCCUACAUCUAUGAUAAGGAAGACGCAGUCCCAUGCAGAACUACAUGCUGCAACUGUUUAUCCCCUCAAGGGAAAAGUUAUUCCAAAGUCUGUUUCCCCUGACUUGUUAGGCCAGGGGGGGAGAAAGCCCCUGAGCCCAAGGGGUUUGUGGCAUUCCCUUCUUUCCAUGGAACUGUCACGAAAGAACGCAGGCAGAAACAGAACCUGCCAUAUAUCCAGUUUCUGCCAUUUCUCUAUGCUAGUGAAUUAGCACCAAGGGAAAGGGUAACAGGGCUGCCUCCUGUGAUCUGUAGGCAUAAACUCUAGAAGGAAAUGUUGUUUUUAAAGCUGUUCAAAUGCUGGAGAAAUGCAACAUGAUCACACUUACCCAAAAGAAACGAGUAUUUCCAUACUUGGAUCAUAUGAAAAAGUUUGUCUAGAAAGGCCCGUAGUUCCAUCCAAGAGAUAUUUUAAUAAUUGGAUGUAGAUAUUUUACUUUAAACCCCGAAUCUGUUCACCUCAAAUUUGUAAAUAUGAUGAAUAUGAGGUCAUACUUUUCUAUAAAAAAAUAUACAUUUAAUGUAUAUUUUAUUCUAUUCUUAAAGUCAUCGUUGAGGUAACAAAACCCAGGACAAUAUUAUUGGUAAAUGAAUGUGGAUUACACAUUUGCUGAAAUUUUUGUUGCAGUUCUUUUCUUCGAACACAAAAAAAUGUGUUGUCUAGAAUUAUUUUUAUUUAAAAGAAAAACCACGGUAGCUAUGUUCACACCUAAGACUAUUGUCGUAGGACAAUGUAAGCAGGGUAUUCAUCCAAACACCCUCUGUAUUAAGGUACACACUUCUGUCUUGCAAGCAAUUCCUUAUUUCUUUGCAGAUGCACACUGUGUACUUCUGUUCCUGAACAUGGUAGUUAACACUGUUAAUAAUUGUGAAUAGAUUUCAUAAUUCCAAAUUGGUAGACUAUUGCAGAAUAUUACAAAAAUGUCCUUUUAAUGUUUGUAUAUUGUGAUAAUUGUUAACGGUUUUUACUUUGCAUAUGCUACCGAAACUGUGCACUGGUAGCAUAGGAUUAGAAUAUCAACGUCCAGGUCACAUUGGCUUUCAUCACAAGUUUUGUGACUAUUGUAUCUCUAGAUUUAUCAAGAGAACUUUGAAUUUCUGACACAGAAAUUAUGUACAUAUUGGCUAGCAUAGGUUGAAACAGAGGGGGAGGG